CCCGAAUGCACACGUGCUGGCCGGCUUUCCCUGCACACCUCACAGCUCUCUGCUCCAGUUCCUACGGGGAGAGCCAAAAGUUCUGGGGGAUGAAGAAUUGGGGCACCUUUAAAGGAGCCAGUAGUACCACUUCCCCCAUCUUCGCAGUGGGGAGAGGUGUGCACGCUGCCCACCCCUGACAUGAGAGUAGAUCGCUACCGGCUGUGGGCCGUGGGGGGGUGGCCUGGGAGCACAGCUGCAGCCAGUGCAGUAGUAGAGCCCUCAAAGAGCCUCCAACCAUGGGGCCGCCUCCCUGCAGUCCUGGCUGGCUGGGUCAUCACCGCGUGGAGUCAGGCGGUCCAGAUCCUGCUUGCUCUGAUCACUGUGGGCUUCGGAAUUACACUUGCAAUGAACUCCAUCCUGUUCUCCAAAGCCUUCCCCCUCGUCGUGCUCACAGCCUACCCAUUCUGGGGACCCGCCAUCUUUAUUGUCACGGGGUGCCUCUCAAUGAAGGAGAAAAACUCAAAAAAGCUGAGGCAAUCCGUCAUGACCAUGAGCAUCACCAGUGCCUUAGCUGCAGCAGCUGGGAUAACUUUCACCAUCAUCAGCUGCACACAACACAAGUUCUGCCAGAACCCUUCCCUCGACGGACCAUGUGCUAUAGGUAGAACACUUCUCCUUGGACUCCUGUCAAUCUUAUUCAUCAUCAGCAUUGUCGAGUUCAGCAUCUCGGUGACUAUCACAUCCUUCAGGAGUAAGUGCUGGACGUGGUCAGACGAGGUUGUGUUUUUCUUGCCUUCAGAUGCUAUUAAAAGUAGUGAACAACCUGCCCCAGAAAAUGCUCAACUACAAUUUGAUCAUCAGAAAGAGUCUUAUAGUUUUCAUAUGCCACCACAAGCAGAAAUUGUUUUCUUUGGAGGCUAUGCUUUCUGCAAGUUAAGAUACUCAAGAAGUCCUUCAAGCCAAAACAGGCCACAACCAAACAGGGAAGGGGCUCCACCCUCUCCAAAUGAACAACAGGAAAAUAUCUCCUCACAUGUUCAAUUCUCACAUGAAAACACUGAGCUGAAACCUUUAUUUGCCACAUCAGAAGCAAGGUCCCCAGAAAAUAUGCACACUCACCAAGCCUCUACAAGGAAACAAUUGAGAGAUGAAGGCCUAAACUAUCCUAUUGUACACACCCCCAAAGAACAAGCUUGGGGCUUCCAGGACCAAGAUUCUCUAUGGCAAGCUUUUCCAUCCCCAGUGGCAGAAAAUCUGCUAAUGAAGGACCCACCAAUACAAGACGUGCAAUCCAGAUCCCCUUCAUUCCGUAUCACAGAGCCCUCUGAUCUGAUAUAUGAAAAUUCAUCCUCUAAAGACAAACCACCACAAGGAAAACCAUCCCAAGCAGUGCCAGCACAAGAUAUGCUAAAUGUAGCCUCAACAUUCCAUCCUAUGAAGCUCCCUAAUUCAAAAUACCCACUUCAGUUAUCACCAAAUAGUAAGGAGCAAAACAUUGAACGUCGAAGCCAGCAAUCAGAAGUAAUAUAUCAAGACAUUGUAACCGAAGUCAUGGAAUUGACCCAACAGUGGCAAUCCCCGAGAAGGCUUUCCUCAGACGCUGGAAACGUGGGUGCACAAUCUUCUAAGAGUCGUUCCUUAGGCCUUCAAACGAAACAUACAAAAUCUCCAAGACGGAAAUCCCUAGACCAGAAAAUCAGAGCCUUGCUGUUCUCAAAGAUGCAUCCCAUAGAUAAGAAAUCCCAAUACACUCAAACCUCAGAACAGUUCCUAGAUCAGCAAGCCGAAGAUCGGGAGGCCAAAGGGGUGCAGUCUCCAAAGCAACAAUCGAAAAAUGAAGGAAAUACGUAUCAGCAGGCUAAAAAGGAGCAGUCCCCAAAGAAACAAACCUAUGGUCAACAAGCUGAAGAGAAAUCCCCAAAAGGACAGCCCAACAUUUGGCAAACUGAAAGACCACACACUCAAGUGGAAGAUGCCCCAAAGCAGUCAUACCAAGACUCUCAAGGCACAAUAAAGCAAUCUCCACGCUGGUCAGCCCCAGACUCACAAUCUUUUGUACAGAAAUCUCAAGAUCUUUUACAGAAGGAAGCCCUAAAAAAGAAAGGUUUGUAUCAGGAAGUUGAAACCCAGAACACCACAGCCCAACAUGACCUAGGCUGGCAACUUCAAAACAAGCAGUUUCAGGAGAAGGAUCAAGAUUGUCAGUCCGGAAUGAUGCUAACAAAUGCCAUGCAAACAAGAGACAUCAACCUAGCAGGCGUGAACCAUAGAGACCAAAAACCAAUAGACACUCAAUCAGAAGACACGGAACCAGCCUAUCGUCCUUCUUCUAGCCAAAGUGUUGUACAAGACACAGAUUUAACUUGUUUAUCUCAUAUGGAUUCAGAACAAGAGGUCCAGCAAAGCACUUCAGUUUGCUCUGGGUGCACCAAAGAUGAUAUGAACACACAAUCUACCUCCUCUUCUCUAAAAGAUGAUCAACAGCAAUCCGAAGACUCUGACUAGCGUGUAGAAUGGAGCAACAACGGAACCAAGUGACAGAGAAACAACAGUCUCCCAUAAGCUAUGUUCUCAACCGUGGCUGCUACCUCAUGCCCUAAAAGACGAUGGGCGUGCAGAACCCUCCAGGAAUCCAUUUUCAGUCGCAGUACGGCGACAAGCUAAACGUUGACAUGGUAUCAGAACUUUGAUGGGGGAAGGAAUAAAUCACACAUGAAUCUUC